UGAGUGCACAGGUGAGCGGCGUGGGGGAAGGAAACCCUGAACACGGCACAGCUGAGGAAGUCAUGAGAAUCAUCUGGUGUGGACUCCUGGUGUCCCUUUUGUGCUCUGGGGGGCCAGCCACAGGUGCUCGGGACGGCAUAAGCCCUUUCAUAAGACAUUAUGAAGGACUGUCCUAUGACAGAGAAGCUGUGCACAGGAAACACCAGCGAGUGAAGAGAGAAACGAACCGUGACAGACAGGUGGUGCAGCUGGACUUCAGAGCUUUUAACAGAAACUUCAGCUUGCGCCUGAAAAGAGACACGGCAGGAUUUGUGGAUGACUUUGAGGUCAAUGUAAAAGAAGCUGCCAGGGCGGCCGAUCUCUCUCACAUCUAUUCAGGGCAGCUGGAAGAUGAUGGGACUUCCUCGUGUCACGGCACCAUUCUCCAAGGCCAAUUUGAGGGGAGCAUCGAGACGGCAAAUGGCACAUACUUUGUUGAACCCCUGCAUAGAUAUUCUACCGAACAGUCAGAGCACCACUCUGUCAUCUACCAUGAAGACGACGUAGAUGACCUCGCCGUGGGUAGAGGCCAUGAAGAGUUCUGUGGUGCAGAGCAGCUGCAACGGUUCACCCAGAUCCUCAGGCAGGAAGAGGCUGUUCAGGUUGAGCCUAUGUCCAGGUCAAGGAGAACAGUGGACAGCUCUAAGACCACCUGCCUCCUCCAUUUUCAAGCCGAUCAGUUCUACUACCAGAGGUUUGGGAGUGUCGAGGCAGUAAUUGGACAGGUUGCCACAUAUAUGAAAGCAGUGAAUGACAUCUACGACAAAGUCGAUUUUGAUGGAAUCAAGUUAAUCAACUUCAAAGUGAAGAGUCUCAGGGUGGUGCAUGAGGAGGACCCCUCCAGCCCCUUCUAUCGGCCCUUCGUCGGGCCAGAGAAGCUCCUCAGCCUCUAUUCGGAGAUGAACUGGGGAAACUACUGCUUGUCCUACCUGCUCACCAACCGUGACUACAGCGGAGUGCUGGGACUGGCCUGGGAGGGGAAGCUAGGGAACUGGGGAGGGAUAUGCUCCAAGUUUGCUAUCAUGCGGGACAGGGAGAAUGCAUCCCUAAACACGGGUUUGAUCACGCUGCAGAAAUACGGACAGUAUCUGACCCCCAGGCAUGUCCAGCUCACCUUAGCCCAUGAGCUGGGACACAGCUUGGGAGCCCCUCACGAUGAAGGCAAAAACUGUGGGAAUUUGGGGUCAACCGGAGGUAAAGGCAGGUUCCUCAUGUUCCCGCAUGCCACCAACGAGGUCCAGGAAAACAACGACAAAUUCUCCCCGUGCAGCAUCACGUUUAUCAGUAACCUCCUGAGAAUUAAGAAGGACAAGUGUUUUAUUGACAGUGACCAGCCCAUCUGUGGAAACCGAAUUGUGGAGGAUGGUGAGGAGUGUGAUAUUGGACACAAUGAAAUGGACCCCUGCUGCUAUAGCGCCAAAGAACCAGCAGCUGUCCAGUGCAACCUGAAACCCAACAAGCUUUGCAGUCCCAGUCAAGGCCCAUGCUGCAGUAGCAGUUGUGUGUUCAAGCGCUACGGGGUGAUCUGUGAAAAGGAGUCUGAGUGUCAGCUGACAAGUACAUGUUCCGGAACACUGGCCACAUGCCCUCUUCCCCUUGCCAAGCCCAACAUGACAGCUUGCGCAAAGGACACACGGGUCUGUCUUAAUGGGGAGUGUGUCCAGUCGCUGUGUCUAAAGUAUGGCUUACAGCAGUGUGACUGUUCUGAAGUAUCCACGACAGAUAAAUGCUACUUGUGUUGCCAAGAGCCAGGUAAGCCGAACACCUGCGCAAGCACGACGUCCUCGGUUCUGUCCCAAUACUUCCAUGGGGCCAGCGUGCCGCUUGUGGCGGGGGCCCCCUGCUUUGACAAACAGGGCUACUGCGACAUGUUCCGGGUGUGUCGCAUUCUGGAUGCCGACGGCCCCAUCGCGCGGCUGAAAAACGCCUUUUUGCACCUGAACGAGUUCGAUGACUUGGCCGAAUGGAUGGAGGCUCACUGGUGGCACAUUCUCCUGGCCAUAUGUGUGAUCGCAGCUGUGAUGGCCUGCAUUAUCUGUUUGUGCGGAAGGACCCUGGAGAGCGAGAAGGACAAGGAGAAGUAGACACUCUGGCCAGUGCUGAAAUUUGAAUGCUGGGAUAGAGGAGGCUGCCGGUGCAAGGGCUCAGUGUUAGUCACGCAUCAGCUAGAACCUGGUUUUGAGCGCAUCAGCUGCGAGAGCAACUGGACCGAUUGUGUUGUACUCAAGUCACUGAAUUGUUAGUCAAGUCUCAUGUCUCCAGUUCCCAAGUCAAGUCCAAGUCCAAUGUCAUCCAAUCACCAGUCAAAGUCCCAUUCCAAGUUUUACCUAUGGUACUCAUAUUAAUGUCCUGAAACAACUUACAAUCUAGAAAAUUGAUUACAAUUACAGAGACAGCAACGUUGAAUCUCCCUUUUUCAUUUAGGAAGCAUGAAUAGUCCAUUAAACGUGAGCUACUACACAAAAAUUCCAGGUCCAGGUCCAAGCUAAAAAACUCUUCAGGUCUGAGUCAAGUCCCAAGUCACAGAUGUUUGAGUCCAAGUCGAGUCACAAGUCAUGGUUAUUGUGAUUUGAGUCCAAGUCCUGGACUUGAGUACUGUAAGACUGGUUUGAAGCCACCAACUACAAACCACAGUGACAAACCACAGUUUUGUAUGCCUUGUUUACAUACAUAUCUUCCAUGUCAACAUGCACUGUCAUUUGCAGGGUCAUUUACCUUUGCCCUUUUAGCACAAUUUUAUCAACAUAUGUGCUGAAGGCUUGUUUACAUUUCCCACUGUGUACACUUUACCAAAUGAAGCACAUUGGGUCAAACAAGAAGAUGUCAGGUUCUAAGAAUGAAUACAUGUGACACAUGUCACUCUCCUCUUUUAGACUCACCUGCCCAAACACCAGAUCGUAGGACAUGUCCUUGCAUGGGAUUCAGCUUGUUGGCUUUGCAGGCCUUCUAAGCAGGCCCCCUCCCUCCAUGUCUAAUUUGGGCCUUGACAAUUUUCCAGGUUUCCAUCGUUGUCACAUUGCCAUACUUGUAUUGCAAGAACACCAUAGGAGGGAAGACACAUUAAAAUUCAAAAGGGAUCUACGCCCAAGGAAUACCACUGAGUACAGUAUUUACAUAAUCGGUUUUGGCCCUCCCUGUGGCAAUGGCAUGACAGUUGAGAUACUUGAUGGAUGCAGGACUCGUAUGAUGUUGUAAUUUGGAACACGGUAUCCUACGUACUUGACUCGUUUCCAGUGUGCCCCUUACACCUCUUGUGCCCAAAGUGUCCGUCAGUCACAUUGAUGACAAGAUGAUGCCAGGUGUUUAUGUGAUCAUUUCCAUGAGUCAGAAAUAAAUGAUGCGCAACCAUAUUAAGAGAAAAUUAUAGCGUGAAGGGCUGGACAGUUGGCACUUUCCGUUGCAUCAGAGAUGCCUGUAUGAGCCUGUCUUUGCUUAAAAAAUGUUAACGGUUGUUCUGUUGAGUCCUUGGUCUUGAUUAAAAACACUUCUAGAAAG